AUGACGUGCUUCUCUUCUGCUACUCCUCAUCGCCAUCAUCUUCUUCUUCCUCCGUCAACCUCCAAAUCUCUACUCCGAUCACCCUCAUCUUAUCUCAAACCUAGCCCACAUCUUCUGUUACAUGGCUCUUCUCGCUCUAUCCUCUGCUGUUCUGCUGGCAGCAACAACGGACCUCCUCCCUCCGGUGACGCUGUUCCAAAUAACUUCUGUAUCAUUGAGGGAUCAGAGACAGUCCAAGAUUUCGUGCAGAUGCAGGUUCAGGAGAUCCAAGACAACAUAAGGAGUAGACGCAAUAAGAUAUUUCUCCUCAUGGAGGAAGUGAGGAGGUUACGAGUUCAGCAACGGAUUAAGAGUGUUAAAGCCAUCAACGAGUACAGUGAGCUCGAAGUUUCUGAGAUGCCUGAGAUUACAUCUUCCAUUCCCUUUCUUCCCAACGUGACACCAAAGACUCUGAAACAACUCUACUUGACCAGCGUUGCAUUUAUAUCCGGAAUCAUCUUCUUUGGUGGUCUCAUUGCACCUAAUCUGGAGCUCAAGGUAGGACUAGGAGGAACCUCAUAUGAAGAUUUUAUUAGGAGCUUGCAUCUACCCCUGCAAUUAAGCCAAGUAGAUCCCAUUGUGGCAUCUUUUUCUGGCGGAGCCGUGGGUGUCAUUUCGACCUUGAUGCUAAUCGAAGUGAACAAUGUUAAACAGCAAGAGAAGAAGAGGUGCAAGUACUGCCUUGGGACUGGAUACUUGCCAUGCGCUCGAUGUUCAGCAAGUGGUGUGUGCUUAAGCAUUGAUCCCAUAAAACGAACUAGAGCUUCAAACCAGCUUCUGCAAGCCCCGACAACAAACCUAUUAAUCCAUGUUUGGGUAAGUAUGGGUCCAUCUAGUUCAUCUUAUACACUACAAGUGAGUUUCCACAAUGUGGAGUCACAGAGGUACAUUUCGGACUCCUUACCUCUUCCGGUUCCCAAAUUAGGUCCAUUUGAUGUUCCUCCCUUGGAUUGA